AUGAAAAAUGCUAUGUAAAAAUAAAAAUCUCAAUCUUUGCUUUAAAUAAACUCUUUUUUGUGGUUUUACAGAUAAAUUAAUACAUAAUUUAAAGAAGUCAUCUUGAUAAAAUAACUUAGCGAAACCUCUUCUAAUGGAGAGAUUAGUAAUGAUAAGUUAAAUUAUAUAACUAACAUAGUAAAUCAAUUUUAGAAUGAUUUAGUAAUUUUUAUAUAUGAAAGUCAAUAUUGGGAAUCUUAAGAAGGUUUUAUUAUGUUGGAAGGAGAAUUCUAGAAAAUAAAAGUAAAUUAAUUAUUAGAGAGAUUCUAGAAUUAAUAUUUGCUAAAAUUUUAUGUGAAUAAUCUAGACUAAAUUCAAAGAAAAUUAGAAAUGGCAUUCAAAUUUUUAGAUUACAUAGAAUAUGUAUGCAAAAAAUAAGAUGAAUUGGAAAAUUUAUAUGAUAAUUUAGUUUAAUGGAUUAAGAGAAAUUUGAGAUGA